AUGGGGCUUUCAAUGUUGACGACUGUGGCUGCCCAUCGAAACAUAAACCCUCACGUAUUUGACCAUAAAGAUGUGGUGGAAGCGCUGGUCAAAGCAAAGGCCGACCUUGACAUCAAAAACAGCAAGGCCGUGACCCCGCUACACCUAGCUGUCGUCAAGGAGGUCCCAAGUGCAGCCUGCGCCACCAUCCUCAUCAAACACGGGAGUGAUCCCAAUACCCAGGACGGGGAGGGAGACACGCCCCUCCACGACGCCAUUACCAUUCAGGACAAGGACCUAGUGGAUGUCCUCCUCCAGUGUCGGAACAUCAACCUCCAGCUGUGCAACACCCAGGGCCUGAACCCCUUCCAUCAGGCCUGCCUCAGUUUGUCUGGGGACGUAGAAAUCCCUCGCCAGCUGAUACAGAAAGACCCUGCUGUAGUGAACUCAACGAUACGUCGGGGACAACUCUCUCCUCUUCAUAUUGCUGUCGUGAAUGAAUUUGUUGGACUUGCCGGUUUUCUCAUCAGUGCUAACGCCGAUGUGAAUGCCCGUGACGAGAAUGGCAAAACACCUCUGCACUUGGCGGUACAUCGGGGGAACAUGGAGCUGGUGGAACUGCUCAGUGAAUCGAACGCCGACGUAAACAUCCGCGACAAUGACGGCAACACACCACUACACGCCGCCCACAUGGACGACCAGAUAGCCGGGAUGGGUGGAUCACGUGACGAGGACGCGGCAGUUGCUAUCCGAUGCCACCUAGCGGAGAACGGAGGGAAUGUGACCUUGAAGAAUAAGGACGGCAAGACGCCACUAGAUCUCGUGAAGAACAAAGAAGUCCGAGUCAUGCUAGAAAAACUGGCCAGACAACCAAGGUCCAUGUUGUCAAAGACAAGGCAAGCACCCGCCCACUGGACCAACAUGGGUACCGAGACCAUGAAGUUGGUUCCCGUUACUGCUGCUGACCCCACAACGGCCAAUGAGCACCGGACUGUCACCAAACGCAUGCAGGACACGCUGUACAAUAAAACUAUUGUGUCUGUCCAGCGUGUUCAGAACAUCAAACUGUGGGAGCAGUACGCUGUAGCCAAAGCUGGUAUGGGGGAACGGUACGGCAGGGGACAGGCAAAUGAGCUGAGUCUCUUCCAUGGAACUACCCCCGAUUCUGCCAAAGUCAUCCCCAUUCAGAACAUAGACUUCCGUCUGUCGGGUGAUCGGGUCGGGGCGUUGUACGGACUGGGGGCGUAUUUCGCAGUCGAUGCCAAGUACUCCGACAACUACACCACGGAGGACGUUCGGAGGCACCGCUUCAUGUUCCUGGCCAAGGUUCUAGUCGGGAGAACAAGGAAGGGAGCCAAAGACAUGACACGCCCUCCUGUGUAUGACCUGAGCGACAAGACCAAACUUGCUGACUCAACAUGUGAUGACGAGCUUAGACCCAGGAUCUAUGUGAUAUUCACUGACAGACAGAUUUAUCCCGAAUACCUUGUCGAAUACGCAUAA